GCUGGCGGGUUGGGCCAGACUCCAGUGAAUUAUCACGGUCCUGCCGAGUGCUGCUGAACCGCAGGCGGAAGGAGAAAGACCCCAGCGGAGGCAGAUGAGCUGAAUUUUACCGAGCAGCGGUAACACAGUUAAAAGUGUGAGGAGAGGAGUGAGGUUUUUUUUUUUAAAUGUAGCCGCGCUUCUUCGUGGCUCUACUUGUUCCCUGUGGGAUAGUUAUUGGAGUUGACAAGCCCGCUUCACUACUGUAUUACUCCCUCCUCCUCUUCCUCCUCCUCCUCCUCCUCCUCUCCCGCUCCACACAACCAGGAAAUCGUCGAGGUGUGCUUCUUUAUCCCGUUGGUGGUUGCCCCGUUUGCGGGUGUAGAUGAGCUUCUUUUUUCUCCGGUUUCGCACUUUUUAAUUUUUUUUUAUUUUAUUUUCACCGGCGUUUUUCUCAACGCCGAGCUUUCCCCACUGAAGUUGCCUUCGAGGAGAGGAUCUCCACUCUGGCCGAACAAUGAGUGAGUCAAGUAUUUGCCAGGCUCGGGCCACUGUGAUGAUCUACGAUGACAACAGUAAGAAGUGGCUCCCGGCAGGGGUCGGAGCCCAAGCCUUCAGCAGAGUCCAGAUCUUUCACAACCCCUCCAACAAUGCCUUCAGGAUAGUGGGGCGCAAGAUGCAGACAGACCAGCAGGUGGUGAUAAACUGCCCCAUUGUGAGAGGUCUCAAGUACAACCAGGCCACACCAAAUUUUCACCAGUGGCGAGAUGCCAGGCAGGUGUGGGGSCUCAACUUCGGCAGCAAAGAGGACGCCACUCUGUUUGCUAACGGCAUGUCUCAUGCUCUGGAGGUCCUGAACUCCAUGGCAGACGCAGGAUAUGCAACCCUCCCCCGCCCAGUGUCCAAUGGACCCACCCCAGAAGAGCUGGAACAGCAGCGGAGGUUGGAGCAACAAAGGAUUGAACAGCAGGAACGGGAACGCCAAGAAAGAGAGAGGCAGGAGUGGGAGCGUCAGGAAAGAGAGAGGCAGGAGAGGGAACGACAAGCUGCUGCAGCUCCAGCUCCACCGAUGGCCCCUGUAGGCCCUCCUCCACCUCCAGCUCCCCCACCACCACCUUGCCCUCCCCCAGCUGCUGGCAUCCCUCCUCCUCCGGGACCCCCUCCCACAGGACCCCCUCCAGCUCCGCCUCUGCCCAUGUCAGGCGGAGGAGGCGGGGAUGACGUCGGUGGUGGUGGUGGUGGUGGUGGAGGUGGGGGAUUGGCAGCUGCACUGGCGGCGGCAAAACUCCGCAAAGUGUCCAAGCAGGAAGAUUCAGCCUCGGCUCCAGCAGCCGCUCCAGUGGCAAGAGCCGACCCCAGUCGCAGCAGCACCUCGUCUAUCGGAGGAGGGGGUGGAGGAGGUGGUGGAGGAGGAGGAGGGGGUUUGAUGGGGGAGAUGAGUGCCAUCUUGGCGCGAAGGAGAAAAGCUGCAAAUAGUGGAGAGAAGCCACCUGUGAAGACGCAAGAAAAUGAUGAUUCAGAGCCCCAAGGUCAAAGUGAUACGAUGAGAAAACCUUGGGAGAAAGCAUCCAUGGUCAGGAAUAACUCCAUCCCCAAGAGCAUGGACACCACCCCCUCAUUGUCCCAAGUUUUAAGGGGAAAGGGAUCAGGCAAUAAUAGUGACGGAUCUGAGGACUCUGAUUUAGAGAAAAUGAAACAGGAGAUUUUGGAGGAGGUGCGGAAAGAACUGCAAAAAGUCAAGGAGGAAAUUAUUGGAGCCUUUAUUCAGGAGCUGCAAAAGAGAAACACAUAGUUCUGCUGCGUGUCAGGUGCAACAGAGGGGUGCGGUACACGGAGRUGUUUGAGGCACAUUGGGACUUCUCCUCCACCGUCCUCCCCUCUUUUUGUAUAGCCCAGGGAUUUCUCUUCCAUCUUUUUUUUUUUUUUCGUUUUUUUUCUCUCUUUCAAAUCUUACACAAAACCCAUGAGAAUUCUCAUUUUAUUUGUACAACAAACAURUUCACUCGUUAACAUUGAUCCAGGGAUUUCCUCAUGUCUCCAUCCAGCGCUUGGGCCGAUCAGUCAUUAGUGACACGUCGGUCGAUUCAGCCGAUCUCAUUGUUUUCUCUAUGAUUUGCUCACCAGAAGCAAAGAGCACAACGCUUCAGCUGCUUCUGCAGUUAGUCAUCACUGUGCUGCAGAAAUCCUCCUACUUGUGUCCCCGCUCUUCUGCUGUCAGAGGCAUCAUUACUGAUAGAGCAUUCUUCAGUAUUCAGGGACAGUGUAUUAACUGUAUUUUUACUGUAAUAGCACAUCGUUUGUUUGUUUGUUUUUCUGCCACACUUGUUCAAAUAUUUGCCUGUAGGUUAUGGUCUCCAAUGGUAGUAGAAGGUGAUGCUGUCAAAGUUGAGCAAGGGAAAGGCGCAGCCAUCCGCAGCUUGCAGCACGUUCCCAUCAAGUGGAAUUUCAGCUCCAGGAGCAACAAAUAGAAUUCAUGACACUCGCCUUCAGUGCUGCGACUAAAGACGCCGGAGGAAGAGGAGCAAAAGGGAAUCUGAUGGACGACCCGAGUGCUGUGAAAGAGGACUGUAAUAGUUUUAUAAAGUGUCAGAAACUGAUUUUUUUUCUCUUUGCAUUGCACUUGUUCCGGAGGGAGUGUGUCUGUGCGCCACACUGCCUUCAUAGAUUUUUUUCCCCCCCUCUCACUCAGAUUGAGCCGUUUACCUGUUGGCCAAUGCAGCCGUCCCACUGCAUACUGUGCUUCCGCCAGUUGUUUUUCUUUAAUUCUAGAUGKUUUUUUUUUCUUUUCUAAUUUUGAAACGU